AUGUCUGGCAAUGGAGGGAAAAUACUCGGAUAUAUCUUUGUAGGUGCCAUGAGUUGGUACGGUGGGAUGAAGUUCUGGCAACCAAUCAUCAUCGAUCAACUUAGACAAGAUGGGAACUUGAGAGAGGAUGUAUUUAUCCCUGAUACAUCGGACCAACCAACUUCAUGGACCGAUCUUCAAGAUAAAAUCAAAGAUGCUAUUCAUCCACCAGAUGAACCAUUGCCUAAUACUGCUACUGUUGAUGAAAAAUAA